GUCAAGAAUUGAAGGAGAAAACUGUACAAGGGUUUUUUUGUCACGAUCAAAACUGUCUGGGGCCUUUUUGGAAAACUAUAAUUCUAGUAUGUUCCUACAUUCUUAAGCUAGCAUGUGGUUUUAAACCAAACUAAAACGAUCCGAAAUUUUAUGCUACUUUGGCUAGUUCGGUUAUCAGUUCAAUUUGGUUAUCGGUUAUUUUUUUUCUAAAAAAAAAUUUAAACCGAAUUAACCAAAAUUUUAAACUGAAUUAACUAAAAUUUUGGACCGAAUUAAUCGAAAUUACUCAAAUUUAACCAAACUUUUAAUCAAAAUUUAGUUUAAACUCAAAUCUUCGAUUAAUUUUAGUAGGAAAUUUAAAAUAGAAUUAUCUGAAUAUGAGACUUAAAUAAUAAUCCGAAAAUUUUAAAAAUUCGUAUAUUUUACUUUUCUUUGGUUCAAUUCGAACCAAACUACCCAAACUACUCGAACGGGGAGGCCUACUUAAGCCAGUCAUUACCAACAUGCGAAAAUGACAGAACAAAGACUCUGAAGAAACAGAAAAUGUCGCGGUUUGCUUUAGGUCGUUAUAGCCGUUACCUCUCGCGCCUUAAACCUCUGCCUCAUCUGAACAAGCCUUUCCCUUUCUCUUCCUCUGCUGCUUCGAGUCAAGAUGGUGCCGCUUGUCACACCGGUCCGCCACCGAUCCGGGUCGGACUCACCGAGUCAGCGGGUCGGGCUGUUUUCGCAACGCGCAGAAUCGGUUCCGGAGAUCUCAUACACACGGCGAAGCCUGUCUUAACUUGCCCUUCUCUCCUCUCGCUCGACUCAGUUUGCUAUCUUUGCCUCAAGAAACUCAUGGGCUCUGCUAAGUUUCGAGAUCGUGGUGUCUCUUAUUGCAGCCAAGAGUGCCAAGACAACGCAAAGGGGUUUUAUGAUGUUGAAACUAGAGGAGAUUGGUCAAGUUUCGUUGAUUAUUGUAGGACGCACAACUUCAAGUACCCGCUUAUGGUCAAGAGGUUGAGCUGUAUGGUAAUAUCAGGUGCCCUGUCCGCUGACUGUCUUGACAUACUCCAACCAGCUACAUUAUCUUCUGCCAUGAUUUCAAAAAUAGAAGAUGGUUAUGGCUUGCUAUGGAAUGCAUUCAGGAAGGCAAAUUUCACGGAGGACGAUGUUGCUUUUUUAACUAAACAAUGGUAUACGGGCAUUCUCGCCCGGAUCCGUAUCAACGCAUUUCGUAUUGAUCUAGUUGGAGGCUCAUGUGGAGAAGACCUUCUUUCACUGGCUACAGCGUCUGUUGAAGGUGAAGGUGCGGUUGGCCAUGCCGUUUAUAUGUUACCUUCCUUCUACAAUCACGACUGUGACCCCAAUGCACACAUAUUCUGGUUGCAGAACGCGGAUGCAAGGUUGAUGACUCUCCGCGAUGUUGAAGAAGGGGAAGAGCUUCGGAUAUGUUAUAUAGAUGCAAGCAUGGGAUAUGAGGCUAGGCAAACACUUCUCUCUCAAGGCUUUGGCUUCUGCUGCAACUGCUUACGCUGCCAGUCUAGGGACUGAUUAACUCUUUCCCUUUCUAGGCAUCGUUUCCUUUCAUGUGUGUCUUAGUGUAAUAAGAGGAAUCAACAAUAUAAAUAAUGCAUAUGGUUAAAAAAAUGUGGUUUUUGGUUCGGUUA